GGAGCUGCUGCCGACUUGACAAAGUGUUGAGGCUAGCUCGCACCUGAACAAGUCGCUGAGAUCGAGCGACCGUAAUUAGGGGUACAGGCACGAGAAAGAGUCGCAGGUGUUUUUAUUUAACGGCCACCUGUUCUAUGUGCUUUGGGGCACGCGGCCACCAAAUCGUCUCUUCCCCCCCACACCCACCUCACUGUAACCACGGUAACCAAUGCAGCGUCGGGGGUGGAUAAAUCUAGGAAUUCUGGGAUUAAAAUGGCGGACAAGAGAAAUGAUUCUGGUAGUGAAAAUGGAGGUGAAGAUACGGUAGUUGGGAAUGUCAGUAAGUUUCUCGUUAUUCCCACUGGUUACACUGGACAUCCUAAGAAGGGACAUUUAAUAUUUGAUGCCUGCUUUGAAAGUGGAAACCUAGGUCGUGUUGACUACAUCUCAGAAUUUGAAUAUGAUCUGUUUAUCAGACCAGAUACAUGCAAUCCUCGUUUUAGAGUGUGGUUUGACUUUACUGUGGAAAAUAUGAAGGAAUAUCAGAGAGUAAUUUUUAAUAUUGUCAACUUCAGCAAAACGAAGAGCCUCUACAGAGAUGGAAUGACACCAGUUGUGAAAUCUACAAGCAGACCAAAAUGGCAACGACUUCCUUCAAAAAAUGUCUAUUACUACCGCUGUCCAGAUCAUCGGAAAAACUACGUUAUGUCAUUUGCCUUUUGCUUCGAUCGGGAUAAUGAGGUGUACCAGUUUGCUUACUGUUAUCCUUACACCUAUACUCGCCUGCAACAUUACCUAGAUAACCUGGAGAGAAGGAAUAUGGAUUACUUCAAAAGAGAUUUGCUUGGUCUAAGUGUGCAACAACGGCGUCUUGACCUCUUGACAAUAACAAACCCUGUAAAUCUCAAUACAGGAGUAGAACAAAAGAUUGUUUUCAUCACAGCCCGUGUACACCCAGGGGAAUCACCUGCAUCGUUCGUGUGCCAGGGUUUUAUUGAUUUUCUUGUCAGCCAGCACUCAGUUGCCAAGGCUCUGCGGGAUGUUCUGGUCUUUAAAAUAGUACCAAUGCUCAAUCCUGAUGGAGUAUUUUUGGGUAACUAUAGGUGCUCUUUAAUGGGGUUUGAUCUAAAUCGACACUGGCAGGAUCCCUCUGCUUGGGCUCAUCCUACACUUUAUGGUGUAAAGCAGCUAAUUGUGCAAAUGUAUGAUAAUCCGAAAGCAAGCAUGGAAUUCUACAUUGACAUCCACGCUCAUUCAACUAUGAUGAAUGGAUUUAUGUAUGGAAACAUCUUUGAGGAUGAAGAGAGAUUCCAGAGGCAAGCAGUCUUUCCUCGGCUUCUCUGCCAAAAUGCUGAGGAUUUUUCAUUUUCCAGUACUUGCUUUAACCGAGAUGCAGUGAAGGCAGGCACAGGACGUCGCUUCCUUGGUGGUCUUCUGGAUGACACCUCCUACUGCUACACACUGGAAGUUUCCUUUUACAGUUAUGUGGUAGGAGGAACUACCAGCACAGUUCCUUAUACAGAAGAAGCCUAUAUGAAACUUGGAAACAACUUGGCUCGAACAUUCAUGGAUUACUACAAAACAAAUAAUGUGGCCAGUACAAAAUCUUUAGCGUCAGUUGCAAACUUCAGUCGAGAAAAAUCACCUGGCCUCAGACACACAAACCAUCAAAGUAAUGAAAACAGCUCAGAAAACAGUAAGACAACAGUCAGUGGAGCCCGAGCGCAAGAAAUAACUCGAAAAGAUUUUCGGUCCCAGGCAUCAUAACAACCUUUUAAACAGCUUUAAGAAGAGUAUAAUGUGAUAAAGUGGGUCCAGAUAUAUCAUCAGAAGAGUAGAAAUAUUUAUGUGAUCAUAUUCACUUCCAGCUUAAAUCCUAAUACUUGUGGUUAUCAGCAUCUUCUUGAAGCUCAAAGGUUUAUGUAUUGCAGAUUUGAAGGUUUGGAGGUUAAAUGCACUAAGUAUUUAAAAGAGAGAAUCUUAUGGGCUGCAAUGAAUCUAAAUCUGCACAAGUACCUCUCAUCUCUGCAUCUCUGUCAAAAGGGAAAUUGAACGACAGUUAAUGCAUGGAAUUAACCUUCCCAUGACAUGGAUUAAUAUGCAAGAGAUGAAAGUGUUUGCCUAAAUUACUAUAUUUAAAUUGUUUCCAUAGUUAAAAUUUUAAUUUUUAAAACAUUUUUGAAAAAAAUUUCUUCUGAUACAAAGCUUCAUAGAAGAUUUUGUUAAACUCUUCUGCACAUUUUAUGUUUCUUUUGACAUAGAAGUUCUAUAAAACAUUUGAACAUUUAAACAUUUUGAAAUAGAGUCUAGCGAUGAUUUCUUUCUUCUUUAAUCCCUCUUUGUAGAUUAUUUUUUCUCAAUAACAGCUCUAAGGCUGAAAAAUGUAUUCAAGUACUGGAGAAAGCAGGCAAAUGCAUUUUUUCAAACUUUACACCUAUCACUCUCAGUUAUGUGGCAAAAGAGUAGUAUUCCUCUUUGGGUUCCUUUGUAUUUCCUACCACAUGAGAGACAGAACCUCUACUUUCAGACUUUGAAACUCAAAGUCCAGUGCCAACUGAAUUAAUUAUUUUUUUCACUCAAAGGAAAAGCUUUGCCUGCACAAAUAGUCCAAAUGAACUUCCGAACUAAGCCUCCAGGAGAUAUGCGUGAUGAACCUACCUUUUUUUAUGCUCAUUAUGCAUAAUGAAAUCCUUUGAGUGAAUUAACAUGUUUCAGAAUAAAUUAACCUCUAAUGUGAAAUUUAGUACUAUUGGAUUCAAUAUUCCUUCAUGUUCUAUGAAACUUACUUACACACCUUUAUUGAGUUAAUUUUGUCAGAUUGUGUGUAUCAAGCACCAUAUGAUAGCAAGGGAAUUCACAACAGAGAUAGAAGAUUUGCCCCAUGCAUCAAUACCGUAUUUCUUGUAAAUCUGUUAGAGGAGUAUUGCUAUAAGUUCACAUUGAACGUAAGCAUCUCAACUUCAUCGUAACAGAAAUAAUAGCUGUGGAAGGUAUUGGUAAUUAACGCAAUAGAUAAAAUCCGCUAACUAAGAAAGUUGUAGAUUAACUUUUAAGACGGUCAUGAAUUUGAUUCUAAAGGUUACCAUUCAAACCAUGUUGUACCAAUGUGGUUCAGCCCAGAGGAAAGAUCUAUUAACCACAACAUAUCUUGCUUGUUUGGAAUCCAUUACUUGUAUAGCAUUAAACGUGGGGCAUUGACAGGGUGGCAUUGAAAUUCAUAGACUCCUCAGGUAUCUUAUUUUGCAUAAUCUAAAAAAAUUUUGAUUUUGUAUUUUCAGUUUAAUUCCAUUUGCUGAUGAUUUGGUUCCUUAGCAUAAAUCCUAUGCUGUAAAUGUAAUAAGCUUUCUGAUAUAAUAAGGCCAAUUUUACCUUGGGGUCCCUGGUAGGAAAUGGUAGUAAUGGCCAUUAAUGCCCUUAUUAUCUGAGUCCUACUUUCACCUUGACCACCACCGUUUUACCAAGAGCGUACACAAUAGGGCAGAAAGUGCAUUAAACUAUGCAAAUAAGUUGCCUACUUCAAUCAUAGAACUUUAAUUGCAGUUUCCAUGUACCAAAGAACAGACAUGUGCAAUGUUUAUUCUGCCUACUUGUAUUGGGGAUAAAUGGCCUAAUCAAUAGCUGUCCUGGAGGUCACUGACAAAACAGUUCAGGAAUUGUAUUAUUUUCCUUUUGGUGAGGCUAGAAUAAGCAGGAAUACAUUUCCUUGGCCAACAAACAAAAGAAUUAUUGGUGCAACUACCAAAUCAUCCAAGGCCAGCCUGGAAUACUUCUUCCUCACAUGUUUGUCAAUCAAAUAAUGUUGGAUUUUCUCAUCCACCUGACCUGGCAAGCUUCCGUGGGCCUACUAUGUUUUGUGCCUGCAGCUCAAUGACAGAAUGUAAUAGCAAAAUCACUAAAUGAUUCCACCUGCUUCCAUACUGUAGAGAUUCUAUGACUACAGGCAAGAAUUGUUGAAUUACAAUCUUGACCCUUUGCCUACCUGCUUCUUACUGCAAUUAAAAUUGGUGCCAAUUAAUCAAUUAAUAGGAUAGCUUACUUAAAUAUGUGUUCUGGAUCUAUUAUGCUAAAGAGAGCCUGUGGGAUGAAAUUCUGGCACAUUUAUGGAUACCUAGCAAUAGAAUGCUUGAACUUAAGUCUUAUUUUAAGCUUCUGAUUCUGGAGACAUCCACCCCAGACCAUUAUUGUCACCUCAGUUUAUUGAAAGCAACACAAUCCAAUGCUUUUGCAGUAGUUUAUCUAAUUCAAAUAGUUGAGAACAUUAUGAACUUAACACUCUCAGUAAAUAUGAAUUUUGAACAUACUUGAAUGCAUAGUUUGUCAUGCUGAAAUGAUUAGAAAUGUGGGAAAAUAGGUAUUGUAAACAACUCUGUGGAAUUCAACCUGAAUUAUAGUUGUUUCCUUUCUUUAAUGCUUAAUGAGUUUUGAGAAAACAACUUGUACCAAAAAUGGCAAUAAAAUGUAUUUCCAGAUCAAUGUUAAACAAAACAAUUAACAUCCUUUUAGAUAAUUUCUAAGUCAGCUGCUAUGAAUGCAAUCCUUUUAUUGCAUAAGGAAACAAUAGAAAAUAAAUUGCCUGGAUUCUGGAAGUUAUUCCAUUGCACUAUGAUUUAGUAUAUUGAAGAUGAGCUGACUCCUAAGUAUGACUGUCAAACUGUUUGUACAUUAAAAUGGUAAAUUUGAAUUUGUGUUUAAUUGGAGAUUAUGAUUCUUGACAAAAUACAUGAAUUCCCUUAGACCAGCCCAAACACUCUUAAGGUUACAUAAAGGAGAGAAAUAUAUUUUUAAAAUCUCCGUAUGGUAUAUAUUUUAACAUAGUAGUUUCCUCCAAUCAGUCACCUAUGAUCUUAUUUAUAUUUGAAGAUUUAGGUACGGAAACAUGAUCCUUUUUAAUAGAUAUAGACAGAAAAUUUGUUUUAUUUAAGUAUUCAUAGAUUUAAUCAUUUGUCCAAACCAGGUUGUAUCCUCAAACAAUUCCAGCAUUUGCAGGGUUUCACAGAUGCAUGCAUGAUAAAUGCCUUUCGCUUCACAGGAUUAUAAUUAAUGUAACAUUUAUAUUCAAUAAAUUGAACCCUUACACUAUUGACUGCAAACAGAUUGGUGUAGUUGAAUGUAGGAGUUUUUUUUGGCCUCUUCAUUGUAUUUGUAAUUUUUUUGGAAUGACAAAACAAUUUUUGUAAACAAGGAGGCAAUACCAUUGAAAACAUUCAUGGGGAACAUCAUUCACUGUUUAAAUGUCAUUGCUACACUAUUUGGACCUUUACAUUUGCAUGUAUUUUAUUCUAAAUGCAGUAGGCUUUUGAAACAAAACUGCGAUGUAAAAUACUAACACAGAAAUGUUCUUGAAAGAUGUAUGUUCUUUUUGUUGUUUGCAAGUAAAGUUUUAUAUCUGCAUGAUUAAUGUUACUAUCUAGUUCACAAUUUAUCUGUCUUCUAAUUUCCACAAAUGAAUAGAACCUUAAUAAAAGCAUGUUUAUUUGAUAAGAUUCUGUGCUGCUUAAUUACUAAAGAAUGCCUGGUACAAAGCCUGCUGAUAUAUGAAUUUUGGAACAUCAUUGUUUUUUUAAAUUAGAUCUAAAGCCACAGGGAGAAACACUGCAAUUGCCAUUUGACAGUCAUUGUAUCUUAAGUUUCCUUGGGGAAUAUUUAAUUAUAUUGUGAACUAACUACUGAGAUAUAUGAGUUAACAUAUCUUAAAGUGUAAACGAUACAAAGCAUAUUUUAGAGGUUCAAUAAUGUUGAAGUAAUAUAACUUCUCAGGUUGUUGUUUGAGUAAAAUGUCUAUUCAGCCUGUUUGCACAACAGAUCAUUAUAUUUAAAUUCAGUUAUGCUGUUCUGAAUUAAUUAAUUUCCUAAGAGUUAAUAGCUUAUAAGCGCAACAGUUGCCAUCAAUGGGAUUAUUGCUUGUUCAGCAAUAUGGUCAAAGAGGAAAAUGUACAAUUUCUCAAACAAUUAAUAUUGCAAAAUUUUUAAUUGCAUAAAUGGACUUAAUGAUCACCAUGGCCCAUGAACAAGAUAUUGCUCCCUUCUGGGUCUAAUUAUAAAGACUAAGUACCUCAUUAAGCAAAAUGGUUUUCAAGGCCGAUAUACCAGAGUAAAACAUUAUUCUGUUUUUGACUCAUUAGCUUCAAAAAAAAAUGGCACAAUCUAUAAGUCUGUAUAUAUUUGGUGGUUUAUGCAUGCAUUUUUAAAAUAAACAAAAUGUUUUUAUGCAUUAACAUGGUCAAGAAAAAUAUUUCAGCGAAAUAAUUUUCACAUUUUAUUGCUAUAUUACUCUUGAAGUUUGGUUAUUAUUACGACAAUUAAAAGCAACCAUUUAUAAGGUUGAAGUCAACUAGGAGACUGUGAGGUCUGCAGAUGCUGGAUAUCAGAGUUGAGAGUGUG